AUGAACAUCGGGGACAUGUGGAAGCAGGCCCACAAGGCGGCAGGCGCAACAAUGGCGUCCUUGCACGGAGGAUGUUCCGAUUUUUCAGAUGGGACAUCCGAUGAAGGAGAGGGAAGCUUCAUGCCGGCCGGAGCACCACCACCACCAGAGAGGCCGCAGCCGCCUGCACCAACUCCCACACCGGUGACCAUGGAAGCCAUCAGGGAGCUCAUGACCACCCAUCACGGCAAAAUCUCGGCGGAGGUGGCCACGAUAAGGGAGGACCUGAAAGGCCUGUCAGCCCGGCUUGGAAUCAUGGAAUACACCUCCAAUAGCCAGAUAGAGGAGCUGCAAGCAGCAGUCCACGACUUAAAACAACACGACUUUGAGCUGCAGUGCCUCCUGCUAGUAGUCCCUACCCGCAAUGAGCAACCAUCAAACACUGGUUCUGGUUGA